AUGCAAAGGUACGUGACGAGCUACGCACAUGUGGCUGCGCUGACGCUCUUCCUCAACAUCGUCAUCCACCCGCUAGACCAUCGAUCACGCGAUGAUCUCGAGGUACUGACAUCAACUGGCAACAUGAUACGCAAAAUGCCCAUGCUCGAACUGACAAAGGCAGAGAUUAUACAUCUGCGAGAGUUGAACAAGUUCGUCACGAGAUUGUUCUGGCUGGGAUCAAGUGCUGUGGUUAAGGCGGAUAAGGAAAGUGAUCAGACGGAGCAAGCGUUGGUGUAG